AUGGCCUCCCGAGUCCGUCGAGAUUAUCGUGGACCAUUACUGCAAAAAUUUCACGACAGCGAAUUUAAGUCGAAGACCGACAUAGACGGUUUUCCGUACCCGAGAGUGGAGCCGAGCCCGUACGCGCAAGAAUUCGAGCGUCUCCUGGAGGAAGCAGAACGGAAAUACACUGCUUACCGUAUGAGGAUGUCCCAGCCCAAUCUCUAUAGUAGGUCCCGAUGUUGGAGUACGAAUUAUCUUGAAACUGACGUCGAUACUGGCAAGCCCGAAUUGGCGUAUGCUACCAGAGAGGUAGAGGAGACCAACCUGGAUGACGUACAUCAUCGAUCCGGUUCAGUUGUAGAUUACCACCGUCAGAGCCGACGUGAUAAAACGGAGGAGACCACCGAUACGACACAUAUAAGGAGUCGUAGUGCUGAUUAUCUCAUGGAUAGGAGGUGA